AUGGCCUUGACUGCAGCAAGUCUCCUCGCUCUGGGCGUCAUCUCAAGCUCCUCGGGUCACGUUAUACCCCUCCCUGCCCAAAUCAACCAUACAUGCGACAGUAUUCAGCUUGGUUACCAGUGCCAGCCACAAAUCAGCCACUAUUGGGGUCAAUAUUCUCCAUACUUUUCUGUGCCAUCAGAGAUUCCUGCAAAUAUCCCUCUCACAUGCUCGGUCACGUUCGCCCAAAUCCUUUCGAGACACGGAGCUCGAGAUCCCACGGCUUCUAAGACGGCAAAGUACAACGCAACCAUUGCCAAAAUCAAAAAGAAUGUGGCCAAUUUCACUGGCAAAUAUGCAUUCCUCAAUGACUACGAGUACACUCUUGGGGCUGACCAGUUGACGGACUUUGGACGACAGCAGAUGGAGAACUCUGGCAUCAAGUACUAUCAACGUUAUGCGGACCUUGCCCGCAAGGCAGUUCCUUUUGUUCGCUCGUCUGGCGAAUCUCGCGUUGUAGAGUCUGCAGAGAAGUGGGUGGAUGGAUUUACUCAGGCCAAGACUGAUGACUUUUGGGCCAACAAGCAGUACCCCUCGGUCAAUGUGGUCAUUAGUGAGGCUGCUGGCAGUAACAACACACUGAACCAUGAUCUAUGCACUAGCUUCGAAGACGGACCUGACUCGAACAUUGCUGAUGCUGCUCAGAAGACCUGGGUAUCUGUCUUCGUUCCUAGCAUUCAGAAGAGGAUAAACGCCGAUCUUCCUGGAGCAAAUCUUACAUCAACCGAGAUUGUCUACUUAAUGGACUUGUGCCCCUUCAACACUGUUGCUUCCACAACCGGUGCAAUUUCACCUUUCUGCUCUCUAUUCACAGAGACCGAGUGGCAAGACUAUGGAUACUACGAGUCUUUGAACAAGUUCUACGGUUAUGGCUCAGGGAACCCUCUCGGACCAACCCAAGGCGUUGGCUUCACCAACGAGCUCAUUGCUCGUCUCACCAGGAAGCCAGUGGUGGACAAGACUUCGACAAACCACACUUUGGAUAACAACCCUACAACUUUCCCUCUUGAUCGUGCAUUGUAUGCAGACUUCAGCCACGAUAAUGACUUGACUGCCAUUUUCUUCGCCAUGGGACUUUACAACAGCACUUCUGCCCUCUCCAACACAAGUCUUGAAACAGCACAGCAGACCAAUGGAUACUCAGCAGCGUAUACGGUUCCGUUCGCGGCUAGAGCUUACUUCGAGAAGCUGCAAUGCCUUGGACACGGUGAGGAGCUCGUCAGAGUUAUUGUUAAUGAUCGAGUGAUUCCUCUCGAUAGCUGUGGUGCUGAUGUAUUGGGAAGAUGCAAGCUCAGUGAUUUUGUUGAUAGUUUGUCUUUUGCACGCAGUGGGGGCGAUUGGGCGACAUGUUCUGCUUAG